AUUUGGAGUUCUGACUUUACGGGAAACAAGCAGGUCAGAAACCAGUACGAAAGCUGCUCCCAGCAGACAGAAGGAGAGAAAUCAUACCAGCUGAGAACGAGAGACCUGUUGCAGGAAUAGAAAAGAAAGAAAAGCAGUCCCGUGUCAGUCAUUGGCAUGACGAUGCUGGUUCCAGCUUGGCUAUUGGCUGUGGCCGUGCUGUGUGCGCAUGGCCAGGGAGUGACUGGGCAAUGUUGGGAACAUACAAAAUGCAGGGACCUCAGCUCAGAAAAGAGCAUCCAGGAAUGUAUAGAGCAAUGCAGAUCUGACCUUACUGCCGAGUCCCCUAUCUACCCCGGCAACGGGCACCUUCGCCCACAGUCAGAGCCUGACGAUAGUGACGGCAGUGUCCUGCUGGCCACCCUGCCCACCCCCGAUGUGGACACACUUACCGGGUACAGAGGAGUAGGGCUCCCGCAUGAGAAUAAGCGCUCCUAUUCCAUGGAGCACUUCCGCUGGGGCAAACCUGUGGGGCGCAAACGUCGGCCCAUCAAGGUGUACGCCGGGGUGCCGGAGGAGGAGGCCACUGGGGCCUACCCAGAGGAGGAACGGCGUGACCUCCCCCACGAUCUGGACUAUGCCCUGGGGGAGAGCAGCCUGGCCAGCGAGCAUCCGCAGUCCACCAUUCAGGAGAAGAAGAACAGGCCCUACAAGAUGGGCCACUUCCGGUGGAACGAGCCCCCAGCCAGCAAGCGUUACGGUGGCUUCAUGAAGUCCUGGGACGAGCGCAGCCAGAAGCCCCUGCUGACUCUGUUCAGAAACGUCAUGAUCAAGGACACCCAGCAGAAGAAAAAUAUGGGGAACCCACAAUAGCAGAGAAGGAGGGGAUCCAUCGGCAUUGUCGUCGACAGAGGCGGCCAAACAAUCACUUCACUUUCCAUUCACCGUUUCCAAUAAACCACUAUUUAGUCACUGUGCCAUCCCCAAAAAACACAAAUAUCAUGAGUGUUGACCAGAAGGUUUACUGUCUUAGGCAUCAGCUAC